UUUUUCCAGGAUGCAGUUGUCCAUUGGAGUCCGAGCUGCGAGCAGUGCUGCAGCAAAGGAUCAUGGUCUUGGAUGGGGGUAUGGGCACCAUGAUCCAGCAGCAUAAACUUGAAGAGGAAGAUUUCAGGGGAGAGGAGUUUAAAGAACACCCUCUAUCUCUGAGGGGCAACAACGACCUCCUCAGUCUCACACAGCCAGAAAUCAUUUACACGAUACACAAGGACUACCUGUUGGCUGGUGCUGACAUCAUCGAGACCAACACAUUCAGCAGCACCUGUGUGGCGCAGGCAGACUAUGGGCUGGAACUCCUGGCUUAUCGUCUCAACAGGGCGUCUGCAGAGCUGGCGAGGAGGGCCGCUGAUGAUGUCACCAAACAAACAGGUUGUAAGCGCUAUGUGGCGGGGGCUGUGGGGCCCACCAAUAAGACCCUGUCUGUGUCGCCGUCUGUGGACAGACCUGACUUCAGGAACAUCACAGCCACUCUCCGAUCUCGUACGGCUGCCAGGAGCCUCAACAUGUGGAGGAACAUCAUUUUCAGAGCACUGGAACCUCAGCAGCACUGGAACCUCAACGUGAGGAGGAACAUCAUGUUCAGAGCACUGGAACCUCAACAUGUGGAGGAACAUCAUGUUCAGAGCACUGGAACCUCAACAUGUGGAGGAACAUUAUGUUCAGAGCACUGGAACCUCAACAUGUGGAGGAACAUUAUGUUCAGAGCACUGGAACCUCAACAUGUGGAGGAACAUUAUGUUCAGAGCACUGGAACCUCAACAUGUGGAGGAACAUUAUGUUCAGAGCACUGGAACCUCAACAUGUGGAGGAACAUUAUGUUCAGAGCACUGGAACCUCAACAUGUGGAGGAACAUUAUGUUCAGAGCACUGGAACCUCAACAUGUGGAGGAACAUUAUGUUCAGAGCACUGGAACCUCAACAUGUGGAGGAACAUUAUGUUCAGAGCACUGGAACCUCAACAUGUGGAAGAACAUUAUGUUCAGCGAUGA